UAGAGACAUAUGUACAUAUACAUUGUAUAUAUAUGUAUGUAUGUGUGAUAGCGAGUAGUUGAUGUAGAGUACAAGAUAAAAGUAAAAUGUCCACAAAUUAGCGACUAUGUGAAAAGUUGAAACUAAAUUGACAAAAAAAAAAGGCAAAUUUCGACAGCAGCAACGAAAAUGACGUCGCCAUCAAUUAGUGCUGCGGUGCAGAGACGGAGGCAACUGCUACAAAAUGUUGAAAGUUUAUGCGGUCGCGUACGUCAAGUGCUAAAAUGUGUUAUUAAUUUGCAUAUUGAGUUUUUGGUGCUCGAGUCCAACGUGGCCGCACUACUCGACGAGGUGAGGGCGUUCAAUGAUGACUAUGCGGAAAUAGAGCGCUUGGACGCUUUAAUCGAAACAUUACGCGACUACAAUGGACCCACAGUAUGCCAUGAAUGGCCAUAUCCUUUAAUAUUCAAGGGCACAAUCGACGAAGCACAUCUAGCACAAAUACUCAAUGCAGCGGAACUGGUUCCAAGUGCAAAUGAUACAACCACAAUGGCAACGACAACAUCGACGACGACUCCGCAAUCUCUUGCACCUCUACCUCCCCUUAGUCUGGGCAAUAGACCAUCGCAGCUGAUGUUGCGAUUCACAAGAAUUAAGUCCAUAGCCAAAAGAAGAGCCAUACGAAAGCGAUCUGAACUACAAAAGGAGCUUGCAUCAGGUGGUGGAGAGUCAUAUUUUGAUUAAUCUUGAUACGAUCAUGUACAAACAUUAAAUUGAACAAAUCCACUUCAGUAAAAAGUGUGAUCAAAAUUAAGAAAUAUAAAAAUAAGCCGUAAUUCAACUUGAAGUACUUUGCUUUUACAUAGCCCCACAGACGAGGUGAAACCACAGGAACACCUCAAAUUAAUAUUAACUUGGACAUACAGUCCCAACUGUUUUUGACAAUUGAAAUUACACUUGCGGUUGGUCAUUGAGUUGGAGUAGUU